UCAGUUUAAAGUCGAAAUCCCAAGAAGUCAGAGGCAGCCGCACGCACAAUGUUCCAGUUCCAGUCUUCCAGUUUCCAGAUAAUCGUGGCUAUGACGUUUUUCUUGGGACUCACGAUGUCCUACAAGAUUGAACCUCUGCCCGAUUCCUACGCUGGCCUGGGCGAGGGUCCUCACUGGGAUGUGGCCCGCCAGAGCCUCUACUUUGUGGACUUGGAGGCUGGCAGCCUAAUGCGCUACGACUAUAAGCAGAACAAGACCUACAAGACGAAGAUCGAGGGCGAGACCCUAGCCGGAUUCGUUUUGCCUGUGGAGGGACGUCCACAGGAGUUCGCUGUGGGUUGCGGCCGCCGUGUGGUGAUCGUCAACUGGGACGGAGUUUCGCCCACCGCCAAGGUGGUGCGCACACUGUUCGAGGUUCAGCCACUGAUGGACAAGAACCGGCUGAACGACGCCAAGGCCGAUCCUCGUGGCCGCUUCUUUGGCGGCACCAUGCGCUACAUUGGUGACGAGUUCGAGUUCCGCCACGGCGAGCUGUACCGUUGGGAGGCCGGCGGCCAGACCUCUGUGAUCAAGGGCGACGUGGGCAUCUCCAAUGGUUUGGCCUGGGACGAGAAGGCCAAGAAGUUCUACUAUAUCGAUACCACCGACUACGAGGUGAAGUCCUACGACUACGACUUUGACACGGGCAUCGCUAGCAAUCCUAAGGUGAUCUUCAACCUGCGUAGGAACAAUCCCAAGGACCAUCUGCUGCCCGACGGUUUGACCAUCGACAUUGAGGGCAAUCUGUAUGUAGCCACCUUCAAUGGUGCCACCAUCUUCAAGGUGAACCCGAGCACUGGCAAGGUCCUGCUGGAAAUCAAGUUCCCCACCAAGCAGAUCACAUCGGCGGCCUUUGGAGGACCCAACUUGGACAUCCUGUAUGUGACCACUGCCGCUAAGUUCGACCAGCCGUCGCCUGCUGGCACCACCUACAAGGUGACUGGCCUGAAUGCCACCGGCCACCCUGGUGUCAACCUGAGGGUCUAAACCACAAGCCGUAAACUCUGUUCACAUGUACCAUUCGAAUUCAAGUGCAAUUAAACUAUUUAAAGUACAA